AAGAAUGGUUGAUGUUGACGUAAUGAGAGCAAAUCCACUAGCAAAUGGUCAUUCAAGACAGCUGAAGAAGCACGACUCCUUAUCGGCAGUUCCAUACAGAGGAAGUGGUUCGAGCUUACAUGACAGGUACAGUAGCGAUGAGGAGCAUCUUUCUCUCGAGUUUUUCCAGGUUGGCCACGGCAACAAGUACGUGCCACUACAUGAAAGGAUAAAUCGGCGCAUCAAGGAUGGAACUCCAUUUUUCUCAUUGGAAUUCUUUCCCCCCAAAACAGCUAAUGGUGUUGCCAAUUUCUUUACCAGGUUAGACCGAUUCAACGAGGGAGGACCAUUAUUUGUGGAUAUCACUUGGCAUCUAGGCAGCGAUCCCGCCAAUAUGACCAAGGAAACAUCAUCAUCAUCAAUCGCUGCUGGUUGCCUGGAUUACUGUCGAGUAGAUACCAUGUUGCAUAUGACAUGCGCUCAGUAUUCUAAAGAACAGACCAUCAAACACUUAGAACAAAGCAAAUCCGUCGGAUUGAGAAACAUUCUAGCUUUGCGAGGAGAUUUGCCAAAUAUAGAGAGGGAUGAUGCUCCGAUUUACAAGUACCGAGCCUUAGAUAUGAUUCGUUGGAUUCGAGAAGAGUUUGGAGACUAUUUUACUAUAGGUUGCUCUGGAUAUCCUCUUGGCCAUCCUGAAGCUCCAUCCUACAAAGCUGAUCUGCUUUACCUCAAAUCUAAGGUUGAUGCUGGCGCACAAUUUAUUAUUACUCAGCUGUUCUUUGAAGCUGAAGUCUUCGAGCAAUUUGUACGCGAUUGUCGCGAGAUGGGAAUUACAGUACCCAUCAUCCCUGGAAUCAUGCCCAUCAUGGGUUACGACUCCAUUCGGCGAAUAGCAAAGCUUUCGCAGUUGACCAUUCCUGAGAAGGUACUCCUGGACCUGGAGCCUAUCAAACAUGAUGACGAUGCUGUGAUGAAGUAUGGAACAGCUAAGGCUAUCGAGAUGUGUCGGCGGAUCCUUUCGAGCGGAUCAGCACCAUCGAUACAUCUUUAUACUAUGAAUAGGGAGGGAGCAUGUCGAGAAAUCCUCCAAGAGCUUGGUCUUUGGCACAAGAGGCCCAUGCGAGCUUUGCCUUGGGAGCCUCACGGUUCAAAUCAUCCUUUGAGGUGCAAGGAAGACGUGCGGCCAAUAUUCUGGAGUGCGCGACCGAAAAGUUACAUCUACAGGACCAGGGACUGGGACGAUUUCCCGAACGGUCGUUGGGGUAACAGUUCAUCACCAGCGUUCGGUGAUUUGCAGGAUUAUUACCUUUUCCAUUUAAAAGCACAAAUGAAAAAAGAAGAUCUCCUGAAAAUGUAUGGCGAGGAAUUGGUAUCGUUUGAUGACGUGAAGAAAGUGUUUGUGAACUUUAUCGCACAGGGAGUUAAUGAAAAUGGCGUUAAGGUUACAACUCUUCCAUGGAAUGAACAGGACGCUGGCGUACAACCUGAGACGAAGCUCAUCAAUGAACAGCUGUUGUGGUGCAAUGAGAAUGGCAUCUUGACGGUAAACAGUCAGCCAUCUGUGAAUGGAGCACCAUCAACUGAUCCACUAGUGGGAUGGGGAAAGCCUGGUGGUUACUGCUAUCAAAAGGCGUAUCUCGAAUGCUUCAUCAGCAAGGAAGAUGCUAUCUCAUUGCUCGAAAUUAUAGACCAGUACUACCCACGGAUCAAUUACCACAUAAUAAAUCAUGAUGGCACGUUUGAUCAUAUGAACGGUGAACCCACUACCCCCAUCGCUGUCACAUGGGGAGUUUUCCCGGGAGCUGAGAUUGCACAGCCUACCGUUGUAGAUCCAUUAGCAUUCCGUGCUUGGAAAGAUGAAGCCUAUGAUACUUGGAUCAAGAAUUGGGCUAAUCUGUAUCCCAAGGAUUCCCUCUCUAGGAAUGUCAUACAGAAAAUCCAUGACGAUUUCUGUCUUAUGAACGUUGUAGAUAACGAUUUCCAGAAACCUGUAAUAAUUUAUGAAAUCUUAGAAAAAAUAAGCUGUUCAUAUCGUAUAUUUUUUUGCUUUGCCAUUUUCUGCUCAAAUUCUUCUUGCAUUUCUAUAUGUUUGCUACAGAAUUGUUGCGGAAUUUUCCUAGCUAACAAUAAGCAUGUGGCGAUACCUCCUUGGGUUUUGUGGUAGAGUUCAACCUCAUGCCACAAGAAUGAGCGCAG